GUCAAUAUAACACCAUCUGUCGACUGGGACUAUUAAAUUAGGUAUUGAUAUUUCUUCACCGAGUCUGUGGCAAUUCUUAAAUCAUUAAUCAAUUUAAACGAUUACAAAGACUAGUAGUCACUUGUGAAAAGUACCGAUGACAAAGUAGCUUCAUUUAUUACUUUUGUGAUUUACUGUCACAGUAUAACUGCUUCUAGAGUUUGUUUUCUCUGUUAUCUGUACUCCAAAUAAGUUUGGGACUUAUUAUCGUUAGUCAAUAAAUGCUAGCUGUAAGCUAGAUUGUUGCACUCAAACGUUACCUUAAGCUUCGACCUGGCGUGCCAGGUGUCAGCAGCACAGAUGAUGGCUGGAUCGGCCCUACGGCGUCUUAUGGCCGAGUACAAACAACUAACACUAAACCCUCCCGAAGGAAUCAUUGCUGGACCUGUUAAUGAAGAAAACUUUUUUGAAUGGGAGGCUCUUAUAACAGGUCCAGAGGGAACAUGCUUCGAGGGUGGCAUAUUUCCCGCCAAGCUCGUUUUCCCCCCGGACUACCCACUAAGUCCACCCAAAAUGCAAUUUAUUUGUGAAAUGUUUCAUCCAAAUAUAUAUGCGGAUGGGCGAGUGUGCAUAUCAAUUCUCCAUGCUCCGGGAGAUGAUCCUAUGGGCUAUGAGAGCAGUGCCGAGCGUUGGUCCCCAGUCCAGAGUGUGGAAAAAAUACUGUUAUCAGUGGUCAGCAUGCUUGCUGAACCAAAUGACGAGAGUGGAGCCAAUGUCGAUGCGGCAAAGAUGUGGCGAGAGGACAGAGAACAAUUCAACAAAAUAGCAGAGCGUCUUGUUCGCAAAACAUUGGGUCUGCCUCCACCCGAAUAGCAGGAGGUGUUCGCCCUUUCCCAACCUGACGAAACGCGACCCACGGCUCUCCCCUUACCCUCCCCCGCGCCGCACUCGUCUCGUACGCCCGGAGCUCGUGGCAGGAGGUCGCGUCGUCAGCUGUAUCCGCGACACAACAGGUUCUAAACAACGACGUGCACUGACAUUCUAUACAUACUAGGCACGAAUACCGAUUAAAGCACAAACUUUUGACAUACUAUUAAGAGCAUAUAAUUUCUCUUAAUAUUACCUUUUUCCUGUACGAUUUAUAAAAUUACCGAAUUUUUGACAACUUGUAGCUGGUUUUAAAUACGUAGAUAUUAUGGGCAAUAAUAUAUCGUAGGUUACUCGAUAAUGCUGUUGCAGUUAUUAUAGUAUAAUGGUUUUGGACUUUUACCUAUAUUAAGUAUAACUUAGCUGUAUCUGUAACUGAAUAGUAUCGAACGCCGAUCGUUAAACAAUUCAAAUUUCAUAUUAAUACUAUUUAAUAAUUUAAUAUUCAAAGUUUUGCUGUAGGCUGUAGACUCGUUGACUUUUGACAAGUAUCCGUGAACUAGGUAGGUACUGGGUAGAUACCACGUAGGUGUCUAGGUAGGUAUAUAUUGUGUUACUUGACGUAUGUCUAAGUGACAGUCGUCUGACAGAUGACUUGACGACACUGAGUAGAGAGUAGAGACGAUCUCGAUAGUCGAUCGUCGUUACGAGUUGCAUCAUACACGUUCUAAAUUAUUAUAUUAAUUUUAAUGUAUUUGGUACGAUUUAUUACUAUUAAUGUUCAUACGCUGUAUGAAUGACGAUUUAUUGAUAUAUUUAUCAAUGUUAUACUUUUCACAAUGAUAAUUAUUUACAAUAUUUUAAUUUCUAUUAGGAAUAAAUGUGUUUUAUGAAA